AUGCACAACACAUCCUCUGCAAGCACAAUCUUUGUAUCAUGUGUAUUCCACGCGGGUCGAAGAAUAGAGACGAUCACUGUUUACACCGGCAGUACCUGCAGUACUACUACUGGAAAGCUCGACCUCCAGGAUCGGCAACAGCAACAGCAACAGCAACAGCAACAGCAACAGCAACAGCAACAGCAACAGCAACAGCAACAGCAACAGCAACAGCAACAGCAACAGCAACAGCAACAGCACAAACAGCAGCCCUACUCCUACUCUCCGAGUCCGGCCAGCAUCAGCAUCAGCCACCACGAAAUCAAUCAAUCAUCAAGCACUCUUCCCUACCCAUCAAGAAUAAUCCAGACGCAAAAAAAGCUCGGCCGGUUACAGCGGAAAUCCAAUCGCCCUUAAGGUUUGGUCGCUUGCCCGGUUUAAGUAAUUUCUGUCGCUUUUCCCACCGAGCCGGGCUUGGAAGUAUACUUUUAUUGCUUGCUUGCUUGCUUGCUUGCUUGCUUGGCUGGGGAGUUGGUCUUGUACUGUGCACUGGACCGAUUUGUGCAGAUAUACUUGAUUGACCAUAUCACUUAAAACCUUAAGGUAGUUUGGCCGUGGGGAGGUUGACGUGAUAUCCGGGAUUGUUCUCAUGGCUGGAGGUUGGAUACACCUUGAUGAUCAGUGGCGUGGCUUCGGUUGUUGUUCUUCUUAUUGUUUGACGUUUCUGGGUCUUUCAUGCGUAGAUCGAAAGCUCACAAGUACAUACAUAUUCCUACCUACCAAAAGAGCUCGCAAGACGGG